UAACACUACAAACCAUUUUCUUUAUGCAGGGCGAGUCCACUGAGGGAAUUUAUAAGAGAAUCUCUAGCCUGCAUCUAUCUUAAAUCUAGGCAUUUCUAUAACCUCUUGUCAAUUUAGCAGCUGCAUUCCUAAGUGGGAAGAUCACUAAAAUCAAAAGGGUAAACUGCUGGUCAGAAUACAGACCAGCACACCCAGAUCCAAAUGACUAAACUAUAUUCAAUUAAUAUUGAGCACAGAAUGGGUCACUUUAUGGGGGAGAUGUGACUAGGGACAGGAUGGGGGUUGUUCCUGACUAGAAUUAGGACAGCAUCCUUAUUCAGGAGCCAGAGAAAAUGCUCCUAGCUGGAGGUAUGGGGACACAGCUGUGUUUUAGCUGGACUUCUGAAUGUGGAAUUACCUGUUUGUAUCUUUCCAGAUGUAUUUAACCUCUUUGUUCAAGGUGAAUAGGAACCUGUGUAUGUACUAUGAAAAAAAAUAGACUACAAAAGUACAUCCCAACUCUCUAUGUCAUUCAUUUCUCUCCCAGUGAGCUUCAGGAAACAGCUUCCUCGUUGUAAACUGCCUGAGAGUGGUGACAGCUAGUCAACUUCAAAAGAAGGCAGUGGAGAUUUGCUUGCUAAGUUUGGGAAGGAAUUCAGAAAUGCUGAAAGCUGCAGAUGAUAUUAUGGACCAGGAGGACUCCACUUCUCAAAGCUGGGAUAUCAAUGACAUCAAACUGCCUCAGGAUGUGAAACAAACAGAUUGGUUUCAGGAAUGGCCAGAUUCCUAUGUAAAGCAUAUCUAUAGCUCGGAUGAUAAAAAUGCUCAGAGGCACCUGAGUAGCUGGGCGAUGAGAAACACCAAUAACCACAACUCUCGCAUCUUAAAAAAAUCCUGCCUUGGGGUAGUGGUCUGCAACAAUGACUGCUCAGCCACAGAUGGGAGGAAGAUAUAUCUGAGACCAGCCAUAUGUGAUAAAGCCAGGCAAAAACAGCAAAGGAAAUGCUGUCCAAACUGCAGUGGACCUUUAAAGCUUAUUUCCUGUCGAGGCCAUGGUGGGUACCCUGUCACCAACUUCUGGAGGCAUGAAGGGCCAUUCAUAUUUUUUCAGUCUAAGGGGGCCCAUGAUCACCCAAGGCCAGAAACAAAACUAGAAGCAGAAGCAAGAAGAUCAAUACAGAAAGCGCAUACAGCUGUUUCUCCCACCUCUCCAAGACUAAAAAGAUGCCGGGAGGCUGAGUCCCUGACAGGUGAGAUGCAAAGUCAAGAAGCUUUGCCUUUACUUCUUUCCAAUCAGGAAAACUACAUAUCUCCCUGUAGUUUUAAUGGACAUUUAAUAGACAAAAACCCUCAAGAGCAAAUAAUAAAUAAUUGUUUGUCUCUUGCCAAAAACUAUGGGUUUGGAAGAUCCCCUUACCUAACAGAACACUCUCAGGACACAAGAUCUAACAAAUACUACGAGAAGUGCAAAGAAAUUGGCAGCAGGGAGCAUGGUAGUGGAGACCUGUCUGGACCAUCUGUGUGCAAUAUGUACACUGACUAUGGAGAGCCACAACCCUGGAAUAAGAACACUGCCCUUGAAAGGAAUCCAUGUACUGACAAGUGUUGCAAUGGUUCUGCUUUAUCUUUGGCUGAUCUGCAUUGUGAAAUCGUUUCUUCACAAAACUGUAUGGACUCCAGUAUCCAACAUGUUCCCAAUAUACCGCCUACAACAAAGGCUGGCUACCAUCCUGCCAGGCCCAACACAGGCCUGUCUGGAGAUGAUUUUUAUGAAGGGAAAUUGCAUGUGAAUUACAACAGCAGCUAUAUUCCUUCCUCUUUCUACCAUCUCUCUUCGGAGGAUUCCUACCUCAUUAUGAACUCUGCACAUCACCAUCAACAGCCUUUGCCACUCACAAAAGGAAACGAAUGGGACUUUGAAGAAGAAAGAAAAUAUACCAAUCUGGAUUACUGCAACAAUGAACUGUUUUUUAGUCUCUGUCCUUUACGAUGAUCCUGUUUUUCAUUUUCCCUCUUCCCUGCACCUGUAAAUGUGGGCCUGAUUCUCUGCUCUGUGUAACGUGGAUGUAAAAUGCAGCCUUUCUGAUUGGGCAGCCCUCUACCCUCACUCUACAUAGGCAUAAAAGACUGUGUGAGGGGUAGAUAAGCAGGCUCAGGGAGCACAGCCACCCUGCACCUCCCUGCAGGCCUCUCAUCUCCCUUGUGCAGCAGGGAAGGGGAGCCAUAAUCCAUCCCAGUUUAGUUACACCCCAGGGAAUGACGUAGGGGAUAAUCUACACCCUGUUUGUGGACAUGUCCAUUCAUGGAGCCUCACUGAUCUCUCCUGUCACCCUUGAAUUGUUCUUAACAUUAGCCAUUUUUCUUUUGCAAAACUUGCCCUACUUUUAGUUUAAGGUUGCAAUAGUCCUUGACUACGCAUGUCCUUUAUUCUACCCCACAUUUAAAUUAUGCAAACUUGAUUUUUAUGGGAGCUAUCAGUGGGCAGCACUCGUGAAAAAUCAAGUCAAGUAUGUAAGUGCCUAAAUAUGGAUUUUGCUGCCUACCUGUGACCAACUUUGAAAAUUUUGGUAGAUUUCUUUAAACUUCCUUUGGAGCAUGUAUCUUUUCAGCAGUUAUAUCAUCUCUGUUGCUCUUUGGAUUCUGUUUCAUUGUUCUCCAUUCCACAGCAAAGUGUACAGUAUUUCAAAGCUCUGUACUAAGUUGGAACUUAGCAGUGAUCACUAGAAGAGACUGCUCUGUACCCAGAUACUCUGAGGAAGUUCAGAUCUAGAUCCACAUUUCAUGGCUGGCUCCUGUUAAUAUAAUGGGCUGAACCAAAACCCUGGAUCCACAGACCCUUGGGCUUUGGGAUCCAGAUCCAAACUUUGUAGUUUGAGCACAUCUCUACUCUCUAGUCUUCCAAGCAAUCCCCUGACAAUAUGUUAUGACGUAAGAUGCUAUAAAGUUUUUAUUGGUACUAGCUUGGGUCAAGAAUAUUACAAAAUAAGUGGCAGUGAACAUGUUAUAGUAUUCCACACCAUGAAAUACUUGGUGUCUCUCAAACAGGUUCAGUCUAAUCAUUUGUCUUUUGUUUGCAUGUUUCCUUUCAUUAGAUUCUCUCUGCCUUUUCUACUUUGAAGUACUUUAGUUGCUAUGGAAAUGAUACCAUCCGCAGUAAGGGUGGAGUUUAGUGACAUUUACAAGAGCAGGAUAAAGUAUAUUUAUAGAAUGUUUCAAAAUGUAUAUUGCAGUUUGUGAAAUAUAAGGGUCUGCAGCAGCUUUCAUGGCCAGGUAUGUUGUAUAAAUCUAAUAUAUAUCCCAGUGUGGUAGUCAUCUUUUUAGGUGUUGGCUAAUUCAGCAACCUCCCUGCUUAGUCUGUCAACCAUUAUCACCCCAACAUAUAAUUUGGCACAUUUUAUUUUUAUUAUUCAUCAAGUCUAUCUGAAGAUUUCUAUGCUAAGUUUCAUUAAUGACAAUAACUACAUUUAUAUUCAAUAAGAUAAAAAAUAUUUAAGAAGGGUUAUAAACCCUCCUGCUUCAGGACAUAACCCAACAACUAAUUGAUGAGGAUGAGGAAGGAGCUUUCUCUUGAGCUGGUUAUUCUAUAACUGUUUCUACUGGGAAUCUUCUUCAAAAGCUUCAGUGCCAGUCCUUGCCAGAGUCAGAAUACUGGGCUAAAAGAACCACUGGUCUGAUGCUAUAUUGCAGUUCCUGUGUUCUUUGCCACAUCCUCUAAAUUUGCUUCGUCGUUAGUACUACUCUUGUUACUAUAGCUAAUACUUGGUAUUGAUACAGUGCCUUCCAUCUGAUGUUUUCAAAUGAGUCACAAUAUUAAAGACUUGGAUUUCAGAAGACGCCUGAAGGGAAGUAUUAUUAACCCCAUUUUACAGAUCAGGAAACUGAGGCACAGAGUUGUUAAGUGAUUCUCCUAAAGUCACACACAGUCUGCUCAGAUCUGCAAGCUCCCAGUCCCAAGCCAUUCACUCAUCCUUUCCAUACUCCUAGGUUGGCAGUCACACCACUUUCAGAAUGAUCAGUACCUGGGAGCACUACGCUGCCAACUUUGCAAUUACUUGGCUCAUAGUAUGAAAAUAUGAGUCCCAUGGGUGAGCCUUGUAAAGCACCAUUUAAUAGGGACAUAUGUUGCAAAAAGAAACACAUAUUUCCUUGUUUCUACUUCCUUGGCCAACUACCUCAGAGUUGGUUGCAAAUAAAUUUAAAUUUGCCCACACUUGUAGGGAUUCAGUAGUGAAAAUGGGAGCAAAAUUUAUUUUUCUGUCCUGCAACUAGAACAAAAUAUACUAAAUGUUAAAGUUGGUCUGACAAUAGAAAUAGAGGCACCAUGAAGACACCUGCUUGGAUUGCCUUCACCAGGGAACAUCAUAGCACAAGCCCUCUGCAACAUACUGUUUUUUACAGAAAAUUGUUUUAAAGAUGCAAGGGAUAGCUACAUUGUUAGUAAAUACAGGCAACAGAAAUACAAGGAGGUUAGGGACAUGGGUGUUUUUCAGGGACAAUGCUGGGUUCCAGCUUACUGAGUACUCUUAGGAUCAAAGCAUUGAGCUACACAACUACUAUGUAAGCUUCAAUAAACAUGGUUAUGUUGCAAGAAUGCUCUCUCUGUGCUGAAAUCCCCUAGUCUUCUCCAAGAAUGCAUUGGACUCAGUAUAAAACGUAGAAUGGAUUCUUUGGGUGCAGUCUCUUCUUCCAAAGCAAGUUCUGGUCAGGACUAUACAGGGGCUGUUCUAAGGAUAUUACAGACACCAUCGCUACUGCCACAACACAGUAUGCCACAUGUUGCAUACAGUCAGACUGUGAGUAUCUUAUAGAUGCACAAAUCUUUCACAACUUUUUAAUCUUAUGCAGCAUUUAAAGAUGAGACCCUAGGGACCUAGUUGUUAGAGAGAUCAAUCUAUUGUAGGUACUUACAUGACCCCUACUAUCAUAGCAUGAGUGCCUCACAAUCUUUAAUAUAUUUAUCCUCAGGAUACCUCUAUGAGGUAAAAGUACCGUUAUCCUCCUUAUUUACACAGAGAACUGAGGCACAGAGAGACUAAAGCCUAGAUCCACAAAGGGACUUUGGCAUCAGGAGUGGCCAUUGCCAUUUUGCCAGUUAGCUGAGGGGGGAAAAAUUACACAUCCAGCCCAUCAGAGUGGAGCAGAACGAAAAGAAAAAAAUAAAGGCAGAGUGGCAAAGCAGUUGGGCACCCCAUGGAAGUUGGCACCCAGGGCAUCUGCCCCUAGAAUCAGUCCUGCUUCACAUUAGGACACUGAGCACUGUGACACCUA